AGAAAAAAGGGAUCUUCUGCAGACUAUUAUCUACAGUGACGUCAUUUUGAACAGGCGCGGUCGGGCACCUGGGGUCCUUCAUCGUCAACACCGGAACCGCACGUGAACAAGGUCAGGAUGGGUCGCUCCUCCAAAGACAAACGGGACAUAUACUACCGCCUGGCCAAAGAAGAGGGCUGGAGAGCGAGGAGCGCCUUCAAGCUGCUGCAGCUUGACCACGAGUUCAACCUGUUCACAGGUGUGAACAGAGCAGUGGAUCUGUGUGCAGCCCCUGGCAGCUGGAGUCAAGUCCUUAGUCGCAAACUCAGAGGGCGGGAGAAAAAAGGUGAGAAGGGUGAUGAGGGUGAGGAGGUAAAGAUUGUGGCGGUGGACCUGCAGGCCAUGGCUCCUCUUCCAGGAGUCACUCAGAUCCAGGGAGACAUUACCAAGGUGUCAACGGCCCAGGAGAUAAUCCGUCACUUUGAAGGCCAGCCAGCCGACCUGGUGGUGUGUGAUGGUGCCCCAGAUGUUACUGGUCUCCAUGAUGUGGAUGAGUACAUCCAGGCGCAGCUCCUGUUGGCUGCUCUGAAUAUCACCACUCACGUCCUGAAACCAGGAGGAACGUUUGUGGCCAAGAUUUUCCGAGGUAAAGAUGUGACACUGCUGUACUCGCAGCUGAAGAUCUUCUUCAGUGGUGUGACCUGUGCCAAGCCUCGCAGCAGCAGGAACUCGAGCAUCGAGGCUUUUGUAGUGUGUCAGAAUUACUCUCCCCCUGAAGGUUACGUCCCCAACAUGUCCAACCCUCUGCUGGAUCACUCCUAUGAUGUGGAUUUUAACCAGUUAGAGGGUCCCAACCGCAUCAUUGUUCCCUUUCUGGCAUGCGGUGACCUCAGCGCCUUUGACUCAGACAGAACCUACCCUCUGCAGCUUGAUGCAGGUAAACAGUACCAGUACACCCCACCCACCCAGCCUCCAAUAUGCCCCCCUUACCAGCAGGCCUGCCACCUACGCAAAAACAAUCUGCUGUCUAGAGAAGAUGCUCCAUCCGUCAGUUCCAACCAGAGCCAAGAUGCACCAGAGCCAUUGGCCAACUCUACCUGAUUGGAAUCGACUCCUGCUUAUUGGUGGGGGAAACAACUAACGAAUCAAGAAAGAUGACGUAAUCAUCAUUAAAGGGCAAGUUUAGCAUAUCUCAGCAGGUUCCAGUCUUUCUGCUUAGCCUGGCUCAACCAUAGACUUUACAGAGUGUGUGAACUCACCAUGCCUAGACCUUAAGGAUGAGUUUGUUUUUAUUGGUUUGUUUGACUUUAUACUCUUUGUGAAGGAGCUUUUCAUACAUCACUAUGAUUUUUAAAGAUGUCGUAUUUUAAAAAUUAAAGUAAUUUCUUCGAGGCAAACUAUUCAUUGCAGUGAUUUAUUUUAAGACUUAGCGACUGUUUUAAGUCAGCCAGUCUGUUUUUCUCUGCAAACAAAAUCAAGUUGUAAGAAAAUUGUGGCAAAAAGUAAAAUAAAAAUCCAGAUAAUUAGA